AUGCAGCGCGUGAGUGCCCAUGGCCAUCCAGCAGGCCGCACUGGAUUAUCCGCCUCCCUCCAUUCGACUGCCGCCCCUACCUCGGGGUUUUUUGGGCCCAAUGCUCAACCGCAGUCGCGUGGAGGCCUUGUCAUGGUGCAGGGAGCUCCCACAGGGGUCCCUGUAGUGGCAUCUAUGGGUCAGGGACCCCCAACAAUGCAUGCAGAUGCCUUCUCCGAACGCCCAGCAACGGCAAGAUCUGCAAGUGGGAGCUUGAGGACCAGUGUGAACGCGAAUGCGAUUACAAGCGGCCCACCUACAGCAGCAGCAACCAUAACAACGGCGGAAACUCCAAGGCUACCUCAGAGUGCCCCUCUGGCGAUGCCGGUGGCUGUGCUGCCGCAGCGGGUUCCUUCUAGACGGGGAGAGGUACCGAUAGCCCCCCGGGAAGAAGUGGGAGCCCUUCUGCCGGAAUUUCAGUUUACCGACAGGCCCUCGUGGCUGCGGCGUGCGCUGGUUAUCCUUAUUAUGGCAUGUGUCUCCCCCUCUCUUCUUAAGGAGGAUCCUUUUCCUCCUCUCAGGCAGAUUAUCUCGAGACAAGCCCCUUUUCGCGGAGGCGGCUAG